GACAUCAGUUGGUGAAUUGUGCUAUAGCUUGAAGGAACAACAGUGUGAAAAUAUAAUAUUCGGAAUAGAACGAAACAGAACAAACAUUAAACGACAAAAACGAGAGUUUGAAGUGUAAAAAAAAGGCUAAAAAGUUUUUAUAUCCAUCACACAUAUCACAUCACAACACAAAAUGAAUUUCUUUGACAGAAGCAAUUUGUCACUUCCAAUAGCGGAAGCAAGAAUUGGUGGCGCAGAUCAUGCACCAAAAAUGUUGGGAUGGAAUGUAGCGCCAGAGGAUUUAAAGCAAAUACCCGAACAUUGGUUGAGCUAUGAGGAACCAGAAGCAUCUCUACAUUAUUUGCUUGGUUUAUUAUACAUUGCAUUUACUUUUUGCUCACUUACUGGAAAUGGUCUCGUCAUUUGGGUCUUCACAGCCGCAAAAUCACUUCGCACUCCAUCAAAUGUUUUCAUUGUCAAUCUUGCCAUUUGUGAUUUUGUGAUGAUGGUCAAAACACCCAUAUUCAUUUACAAUUCAUUUCAUCGAGGCUUCGCAAGCGGCAUUAUGGGAUGUAAAAUAUUUGCCUUACUCGGAAGCUUCAGCGGAAUUGGUGCAGGAAUAACAAAUGCUUGCAUUGCAUAUGACCGAUACAAUACAAUUGCAAGACCUAUGGAUGGACGCUUAUCGAUGACCAAAGCAUUUGUAAUUCUAUUCCUGAUUUGGGGAUAUACAUCACCAUGGGCGAUUGUCCCAUUUCUUGAAUUAUGGGGUCGUUUUGUUCCAGAAGGCUUCCUCACAUCCUGCACGUUUGACUAUCUCACCGAUACAUUUGACAAUCACAUGUUUGUUGGAACGAUUUUCACAUUCUCCUAUGUUAUUCCAAUGAGUUUGAUUAUAUACUACUAUAGUCAAAUUGUCUCGCAUGUUGUAGCACAUGAGAAGGCAUUAAGGGAUCAGGCAAAGAAGAUGAAUGUUGAAAGUUUGAGAUCGAAUGUUGAUCAUCAGAAAGCGUCUGUGGAAAUUAGAAUUGCAAAGGCAGCAAUAACAGUUUGCUUCCUAUUCGUUGCAUCAUGGACACCAUAUGCAGUUUUAGCCUUAAUCGGUGCCUUUGGUGAUAAAUCACUUCUCACACCAGCCGUUACAAUGAUUCCUGCUUGCACUUGCAAAUUUGUUGCAUGUAUUGAUCCAUGGGUUUAUGCAAUCUCUCAUCCUAAAUAUCGCCUCGAACUCCAAAAUCGAUUGCCAUGGUUGGCAAUCAAUGAAAAACCUGUCGAAACAGCAUCAACUAAUACUGAAAUGACAACGCAAGCACCAGCAACAACAUAAUGAGAUAAUCGAUAAUCUAUCAAAAUACAUAAAAACACAUUGGAUAUAACGAAGACGACAUCGAUAAGAAAUAAUAAAAAAAAAAAAUAUGAUGACGAACGAGAACCACCUCUAUCCUUAAUAAAGAAAUCCUUAAACGACAUGAUGUGUAAUGAAUAAGUAAGUGAUCGAGAUGAGUGCUUACUAACAUUAUGUAUUUGUUCCCACCAUUAUCCAAUUAAAUAAGAAAAGGAAUAAAAAAAAUUACGAAAAUUGAAGAAUUACAUAUUAAU